AUGCCGUACAAAGACCUUUGCGAGAAAAGCUUCAAUCUGCGCUCAAACCUUAUUAGACAUCAGAAAAUCCAUACAGGAGAAACGCCCUACACAUGCUCUGACUGUGGGAAAAACUUCCAUCUGAGCUCAACCCUUCUCGCACAUGGUAGAAUCCACACAGGAGAGAAACCCUACUCCUGCUCUGAGUGCGGGAAACGCUUCCAUCGGAGCUCAAACCUUGUCGCACAUCAGAGAAUCCACACUGGUGAGAAACCUUAUGAAUGCUCUGAGUGCAGGAAACGCUUCAAGCAGAGCUCACACCUUAUCAGACAUAGGAGAAUCCACACAGGGGAGACGCCCUACACGUGCUCUGAGUGCGGGAAAAGCUUCAGUCAGAGCUCUGCCCUGAAUAGACAUCGGAGAAUCCACACAGGCGAGAGACCUUAUGAAUGCCGUGAGUGCGGGAAAAGUUUCAGUCACUUCUCCUCCCUUAUCUCUCACCAGAGAGUCCACACAGGAGAGAGACCCUACGAAUGUUGCGAGUGUGGAAAAAGCUUCUCUCGGAGCUCAAACCUUACUAUGCAUCAGAGGAUCCACACCGGAGAGAAACCCUAUGAAUGCAGUGAGUGCGGGAAAAGCUUCACUCAUAGCUCAGGCCUUUCUAAACAU